AUGUGUUUCAUCAUCAAUAUUAUUUUCAUCAUACUGACAAUAUACUUUUCGAGUUUAUCUUUAGCAGAAGAUCAAUUUUUUCAUUUAGGCAAUUUGAUUUCAGAGUUUUUUUUUCUGAAUAUUUAUCAUUUCAGAACCACCAUAUAAAUAUUAUGAUUAUAUGUGUCCUGGAAGACCAUUUUCAAUCGGAGGAUUUCCAUGGGUUUUCACGUAAGUCAGAUUACAAAAGUUUCAAGAACUGCAUUAAAUUUUCAGAGAAGAUUCAUCUUGUGAAUAUCAUAAAAACAAUUUGGGACAUUUGGGAGUUGAUGUUUUUGGUGUUGGAAAACAACAUUUUCAUUCGGCAAAUAAUAAGACAAUUUGUUGUAUUCCACGUAUGUCUUUUUCUUCGCACACUUUUUGAAAAUUGUUUUUUAUAAUAUACCUAUGUCUUAUAGAUGUAACUGGUUCAAAUGCUCCCUGGGUCGAAGGAAGUUCUAACUACGAAAUAUAUCAUCGCCCUAGAGAAAGACAAAUUUCAAAAAAAUCAACUUCGACAACAAAAAAUGAUAUUGAUUCGGAUUAUGAGGAAAAUGAGAAAUCUGAAGAAUCCUCAACAAAUAUGGAUUUUAUGUAUUUUUUCGUUGGCGCAGCUGCUGCUCAACUGAUUUUCAUGACUUGUGCUAUUGUAUUUUUCCUUCGAUCAAAAAAUCGAAUUAUGAUUGGAAUUCCGAAAGAUCAUGAAUCUAUUUUGACUACUAUGAAGAGAAAAAAUAUGAAUAAUACGAGUACAACAAUUGGAGUAUCUGAUGUUAAUAUUGAUUCAGAUUUGCAGAGUAUUUAG